UUUUGCUUGGUUCACAGUUUACGUGGAUGUUAAUAGCCUAAUGGAGUCAUCUUCAAUCUUUCAACUCUCCUUCUUUCCACCAAAACCUGUUACUCAAUCACGCAAAUCUAAUCCGUUUUAUCUUCGUAAUUGUCCAUGGAAGCAAAGCCCUUUGCGAUCGACUCGCCGUUUCUGUCACAAAAUGUUUGUCCCCGCAGGAUUUGGAGAAGCAUCACCAGAAGCAAAAGCAGCUCAGAACCUCCACAGCUUCUUCACAUAUGUUGCUGUAAAGAUUGUUCUUGCUCAGCUUGAGAGUUAUAACCCCGAGGGACAUGUGGAAUUGAUGGACUUCGUACAAAGUAACUCCUUGAACGAUGGGGAUGAAUUUUGUGCGAAUCUUAUGCGAGUGUCUUCAAGGCAUAAGGGUCUAGCCCUGCGCAUUUUAGAGGUAAGAUCUGCAUACUGCAAAAAGGAUUUUGAGUGGGACAACUUAAACAAGUUAGCUGUGAAGAUGGUUGAUGAUUCUAACACAAGAAUUAUGAGGGAUUAUGUUUUGGAGACCAGUCAUUUGGAAAAGGAAAACUGAUAACACUGCUCUCAUACCUACUUAUCUAUGUAUAUACUUAUAUUCACUUUGUAACAUGUUUAAAAAUAUGGAACACAAUACUCCUAUUUAAGGUUAUCUUGUUCUCAGCUUA